AUGAUGAUCACAACGACAAUACAAGGAGAGCGAACAACUUACAGGACAACGGCCAUCCAAGUGGAAACACCAACGGUUCCUACAGCUCUGCCAACAGUCGACGCCGGUGACAAUAACGACCAAGCAGUUCUGAAGUACUUUCCUUCAACUAUCCCUAAAGAGAGCCCGAUAUCCUCUUCUGACAAGGAUAAUGACGAUAAGGGAGGCCUAUCAACCGGCGCACUAGCAGGUAUCAUUGCUGGUUCUGUGGCCUUUCUGAUCAUUGUCUUGGUAACAGCCUUUAUCAUCAUUCGUCAUCUGAAUAAAGUUGUGGCUGCAGUCAGUACCUCAAAAACAUCCGACAGGUCUGGCGCGUCCGGUACUCGGCCGAGACCUACAAGAGAGUUUAAGUCAGCAGACUCAGAGGCCGACGAACUGAGCGCUAAUCCCUUGAUCCAUCCAUCAUUAAUACCUCCACGGCCGAGAAACCCAGGGCCUGAUUCGGCAGCAACAUCGCCAUUCGGUCCCGCAAGCACAGAUUAUAGUUCAAACGAGCCUACACCUGGAGUAAAUGGAUAUCACGCAAUAUCAACAAGUGCGAAUACGAGUAGGCAUCCCAGCUUCGACGCGAUGGGCAAUCGUGACGACUACUUCACAAGUGUGGCCGCAGGUGAUCAGCAACGGGUCAGUCAAAUUUCUAGGUUUACACAUUCAACAAGGAACCGGGCGAGUGCAGACUCACAAGGAACAUAUACCCAUGUCAGGAACUAUAGCAAUGCUUCAGAGGGGUCUGAUGGUACACCUGGAGUGAUGGCGGGUUCUCAGCCCACAGCAGAGCUUGAGGCAACACCUUAUAUACCAGAGCUACCGAGCUCCCCUUCGUCAGUGGUUUUCCCACGAGACGAGAGACGGCGAUCAUCUGGUAGUAUUCCAAGUACCCAGAGUCGGCCCCCAGUUACUCAGCGAAGUUCCAGCGGCCCACGCAUACGAAGUGACUCACUCGGUCAAAGCAAUCUCACCAGCGUUACUGAAGAAAUGCACGGAUUUUAUGGGCCGAGUGAACAUCUCGUGGGCCAAACUGAUACGCAUCGGCCAGGAACACGGGGCUCCAAUACCCAAAAGCAAACUCCUCCCAAAGAGCACCCUGGUCCUGUGGCUGAAGAACCAUAA